GUGGGAGCAAUUCAGUGACACUGUUUAAGUGAUCCCUUGGUUUCAGUAGUCUAGAGAGUGCGAGUGAGCCGGUUGGGGAGCGAUCCCCCUCACCCCCUCCCCGGCAGAAAUGCAGUAAAACCAUUAGCGUCAAAAGGGGCUGUAAACAGCAAAUUGUCUCUAGAGAAAAGGCGGAGGUUUGCCCAGACAGCCCCUGCGGGGGUUGUGGUGGGAUAUGCUAAUACUGCCUGGCCACUGGGGCCGGCCUCCCUCCCCCAAGAAUAUAUAAAGAGCCCCAACCCCAGCACAUCCGACCCAGGCCGCCAGGCGUUUGCCCUUGUUAAUUACCAGAGAAACCGACCAGGGAGCUCCGCCGGGGAUUUGCAGGCCCGCCUCGGCGCCAGGCUCUCGGUUCUCCCCGGUCUCUCUCGCUGCUGUCCAGGUGCACCACUUGCUUCACCGCGGAGGAUGGAGGUGAUGGAUGGCUGCCAGUUCUCACCUUCCGAGUACUUCUAUGAUGGCUCCUGCAUCCCGUCCCCCGAGGGCGAGUUCGGGGAUGAGUUUGAGCCCCGAGGGGCUGCCUUCGGGGCGCAUAAACCAGAGCUGCAAGGCUCAGACGAGGACGAGCACGUGCGAGCACCUACAGGCCACCACCAGGCCGGCCACUGCCUCAUGUGGGCUUGCAAAGCAUGCAAGAGAAAGUCUACCACCAUGGAUCGGCGGAAGGCUGCCACCAUGCGCGAGAGGAGACGCCUGAAGAAGGUCAACCAGGCUUUCGAGACGCUUAAGAGGUGCACCACGACCAACCCCAACCAGAGGCUGCCCAAGGUGGAGAUCCUCAGGAAUGCCAUCCGCUACAUCGAGAGCCUGCAGGAGCUGCUGAGGGAGCAGGUGGAGAACUACUACAGCCUGCCGGGUCAGAGUUGCUCUGAGCCCACCAGCCCCACCUCCAAUUGCUCUGACGGCAUGCCCGAGUGUAACAGCCCUGUCUGGUCCAGAAAGAGCAGCAGUUUUGACAACAUCUAUUGUCCUGAUGUACCGAAUGUAUACGCCACAGAUAAAAGCACCUUAUCCAGCUUGGAUUGUUUAUCCAGCAUAGUGGAUCGAAUCGCCAACUCAGAGCAACCUGGAGUGCUUCUCCAGGACCCAGCCUCUCCCUCCCUAGUUGCCAGCACGGAUUCACAGCCUGCAACUCCGGGGGCCUCUAGUUCCAGGCUCAUUUAUCAUGUGCUAUGAACUGAAAAUGUAGUCUAGAUCAGUUCUAUGAGGAGGGCCUACUAUACAGGAGGAAGGAAGCCCAAAAAGGUCAAAAGCAAGACAACUUGUAUAUAAAGAUUUCCUCGCAGUUGUAAAUUUGUAAAUAUUAUUUUGCCACUUUAUAAGAAAGUGUAUUUAACUAAAAAAAAUCACCAUUGCAAUUAAUACUUUAUUUCCUUUAUCCUUCUCCUCCUCCUUUUCCUCCUCCUUCUACUUUACCACCUUCUUUGCUUUAGAGAUAUAGUUCCAAUAAUAUUUUUUCUGAUAGGGGGCAAUUCAUUGAAGGUAGCUUGUUGCAAUGCUUAACUUAUAUUUUUUAUAAAUAUUGCUUAUCAAAAUAUUAUGUCUGCUGUUAGAUCUUUAUUUUUUUUCUUUAAAACAUUAGAACAUCUGGAAAUCAGUUACAGGAACCUUUAAAUAUAUUUAACUUUUGUUUUUCUUAUUAACCCUUUGGUGAUAUUGUAUUAAAUAAAAACAUAAUGAUACUGCCUAGUGGUAUAUAUUUUGAUCUUAUAAGGAAUGCUUCUUUCUAAUGUAAGCACAAAAUAGUACUUUGUGGAUAGUUUCAAGAUAUAUGAAAUUUUGGAAAUUCCACCAUAAAUAAAAUGGCUUAAAUGAAA